AUGUCCGGCAUCAUCCGCUGUGCGGCGUUCCGCGGUGCAGCCGCUGCCAUGCAGCGCUGCCGGCCUGUGCUUGCCUCUCCCGGCCAGCGCCUCUCGCAGGGCGCGUGCGGUCUCCGCUCUUGCCGACGAGCGCCGCGCGGAGACCAUCGUAGGGACUACGGCUCCUCGCGCGUUCAGAGCUACGGAGUGGUCUGGGGCGACGUGAGCGAGGGCGACAACCCGGCGGGCACCGAUCCGGCCCAGCUGUUCCUCUACACCAAGGGGGACUGCCCGCUGUGCGACGGCCUGCACGAGAAGCUCGAGGCGGUGCUGGAGGCGGCGCAGUUCAAGCCGUCGAGGCUCACAGGCGCCAAGCUGGAGGUCAGGGACAUCGAGGACAACGAGGAAUGGAAGGCGCUGUACUACCUGCAAGUCCCGGUCGUCACGGCAAUCAACACGAGGACUGGCGACGAGGUCGUGCUGCCACGGGUGCCUCCGCGGACGACGGCGGCGAAGCUGUCGCAGCACCUCCUCAAACACCUCCCCUCCUGA